CAAAAAGCGCAAUUCCGCGUCUCUGGCCGGAGAGGACACCGUCAUCCGCGCGGCGGACCAUCUCUGGCACCAGACCCAAGACAGCCCUCUCCGGUGUCUACGCGCAGGCGGCUGCGCGUGCCUGCGCGCACACAUUCCCGCCUCCGCGCGCCGCUCCCACGCCCCGGGCCCAGUGCCUGCGACGCGCGGGAUCCGCCUCCCGGGGCUGGAGCGAGAGGGUCCUCCGCGGCGUCUUUAAGGCUGCGGUCCCCGCCCCUCCCUGUUCCCCGCCCUCCCCCGCCCGUCCUCCUCGCUGUCGCCUCGGCUCCUCCCGACCUCCCCUGGAGCCGGGCUGCCGGGCGUGCGCGGCGCGCGGAGCAGGUGCGGGCGAGCCCCUCGCAUGCCGCUGCCCGGCCGGAGGUGGUAGCGGCGCCGGGCGCGCUCCGCGCGCCCCUCCUCCGGGCAGCACUCGGGCUCUGGCGCGCGCGGGGACAUGUCGGUGGCGACGGGCAGCAGCGAGGCGGCCGGUGGGGCCGGCGGCGGCGGCGGCGCGCGGGUUUUCUUCCAGAGUCCCCGGGGCGGCGCCGGCAGCCCGGGCUCGAGCAGUGGCUCAGGCUCCUCCAGGGAGGACUCGGCGCCGGUGGCCACGGCGACCGCGGCGGGGCAGGUUCAGCAGCAGCAGCAGCAGCGACGCCACCAGCAGGGAAAAGUGACAGUGAAAUACGAUCGCAAGGAGCUUCGGAAGCGGCUCGUGCUGGAGGAGUGGAUCGUGGAGCAGCUGGGUCAGCUGUAUGGCUGCGAGGAAGAAGAAAUGCCCGAAGUAGAAAUUGACAUUGAUGAUCUUCUUGAUGCUGACAGCGAAGAAGAGAGAGCUUUAAAGUUACGGGAAGCUCUUGUAGACUGCUACAAACCAACAGAGGAAUUUAUCCAGGAGCUGCUCUCUCGAAUAAGAGGCAUGAGGAAGCUGAGCCCUCCACAGAAGAAGACCAUGUAAUGCUGGCACAGGGUGCAACUCUCCCAGAGACGAAGAAGGGUCCUGGGAUUUGGGCUUCAUGAAGACAUUUAUUAAAGCAUAGUUGCCCUUAUGAGAAACUUUUUUUUGGGGGGGUGCCUAUUAGACAUUUAUUCAAGAGUGUUCCUUUUUUGUUUGGGGAGGUUUUGUUAGUGUACUAUUUUAAUAGCAAGACCAGCAGGUCUUUGGUUUCAAUACGACCAAGGAUUAUCAAACCAGGCAGACACGCAGGAAUGGGUUGAUCCCAGCAGCAUACUCUUUGAGAAAUUGCAGGUUUAGAACCUAACUAUACAGGGAUGAUGGUUUUCUCACGACUCGUUUGGUAAUACUUUUUCUUAAGUUGUACAGUUGUCUCAGAUGUCAAAUUUCUCGUACUUGUAUAUAUCUACACGCGACUAAGUUAAAAUGUAGACGUGGGUUUUAUUUCACAUUGAUGGGAUACACUUGUGGUUGUCCUUUAAUUGGAGGUCACAGCACAUGGGUUUUCAAGAAGCCACUAGCUAUUCUUCAUGUGACUUCAGCUGACCUCCAGCAUUCACUUUCUGCACCAAAGUGAAAGAAUUCAGCGUAUCCAUUAUUUUAAUGAGCUACGCCACAAAAAGUUGAGUUGGUCAAGGGCUUAAUUCAUGGACUUCAUAUUAUUUCAUUCAUUGAGAUGCUUUGCCAGGUCAUGUACUUCUUGCCUCGUUCGUGGUAUUUUAAAAUUUUAUGAACCCUUCACUUGAAGAACUACUCAGAUUUCUAGAGAAGCCCACUGCAAGGGGUGUCUCACAGUGGAAAAAGGGAGCACUGUGUAGCAAUUAACUCUCUGCUUUCAACCAAAUACUGUGUAUUCUUCUCUGUCCAUGAAAGCAGGUCAUAAGGAAGUUAACAAAUCACCUAUUUUCCUCCUUAGAAAUAGCUCUGGUCAAUUCCAUGCCUGGGUAGCAUUAGACCAGAGCGGGUCAACGGAGGGUUGAACAUGGUAAGAGGUGAGAAAGCCUCCCCUGCUUUCAAGAAAGUUGAUAUAGGAGUGUUGGCUGCUUUGGAAGGGUGGUGGAGAUUGCAUUUCUGGCUCCUCUCAAUGGCAUGUGCUGAGGAUUCUGGCUCCUGGCCCCAGUUAUGCACCCCGGCCUCCUUGCUUGGAGCUAGGCUUAGGGCCCCUGCCUCCCAGUGAUAGAUCAGUUCCUUGGAGACGGGUCAAAAUUCAGAUGGAUGUGGGCUGGGUAAAAGGUCAGAGUAGAAACUCUCCCUUUCCCCCCCGGAGGCCCCCAUCGCCUCCCCACAGAAACCCCACCUACUGUAAGGCAUCUCUAGGCGGCCCUGUCAGAGGACAGGAGUCAGACAUUUUAUAACAAGGGUGCUCUGAACAUAUUUUAUUUUUUAAAAGAACUAUGUUUGUGAAUUUUAUGUAUACUGGCAAGCUUUGGAAAAUGUAUUUAAUUUUGUAAUGUUUACCAAUGAUUUAUUUACAAGCUAUUUACUCAAAUAAAUGGAGCUGCUUACAAA